GAAAAUAUGAUAAAUUUGAUGUUAUCAAGAAUAAGACACUGAUAUUUUAUGUGGAGAAUAGCUGUUUCCAAAUCUAAAAACAAUUUCUAUUCACUAUUUUUAACCAGUCAUGUAGAAUCUCUGUUUAACAGUUGAAAUUGUGAACAACAAUUUUGUUAUGGAAGGCCGUCUUUUUGGGCAUGAACUUUAGCUGUGCUAUAUUAGGUUCUGCCAGGCGUUCCACAGCCAAGCCAAGAAAGAAUGGAGAAGGUCUUUUCUAUGACUGCCGGCGAUGGAGAUCGCAGCUAUGCUCAAAAUUCCAGUUUUUGGCAGAAGAGCGUAUUAUUGGGCACAAAAUCGAUCCUGGAAGAAAGCAUUAGGUCAUGGAAAACCCUAUUUGAAUGCGAUAAACUGUUAAUUGCAGACCUAGGUUGUUCAUCCGGGCCAAAUACACUCCUUGUCACUCAAUUAAUCACUACAGAAAUCAGAAACAAAUAUGCAGACAGGGGAAUUGCUGUUCCAGAGUUUCAGAUCUUCUUUAACGACCUUCCUUCCACGGAUUUCAAUUCGCUUUUCAGACUUUUAUCAGCUGCAUCACCUGUGGAAACAUCAUGUUUUGUGGCGGGAGUGCCCGGUUCCUUUCAUAAUCGCCUUUUUCCACUCAACAGUCUCCAUUUUGUUCAUUCCUGCUACAGCCUUCAUUGGCUGUCUAGGGUACCGCCAGAGGUAGAAGACAGGAAUAGCAAGUGCUGGAACAAAGGGAGAAUAUUCAUCUCAGAGCAGGGGCCUGACGCAGGGGUUUUGAAUGCCUACUUUGCACAAUUUCAGAAGGAUUUCAAUGGGUUUCUGCGAGCACGGGCAAUGGAGGUUGUGAAGGGAGGACGGAUGUUUGUGGUUGUUAAUGGCCGUUUAAGUUCAGGCAGGAGGCGCCUCGGUACCGCCGCCGUCUACUGGAACUGGUUGGGAUCUGCCAUCCAGGAUUUGGUCUCACAGAAAUUUAUAGAAGAGGAAAAAUUAGAUUCAUUCAACAUGCCAUAUUAUGCUGCAUCUUUGGAUGAAUUGAUAGGUGAAGUGCAUAAAGAAGGCUCCUUCACCAUGGUGGGACAUGAGGUCAUUGUUGGUCAACGUAAUAUAGAGAAAAAUGAUGAUAUUGAAAAAGGAAAGUAUAUUUCUAAACAAAUGAGAGCAAUUUCAGAGAAUUUGAUUUCAUAUCAUUUUGGAGAAGAAAUGGUGGAUGUUAUAUUCAAUAGAUAUGCAGAAAUCCUUGCAACCAACAUGAGAGAAAUAGAAGAAGAAAUUCUAAAAGAGUCAACUAAGAUUGCUUUAAUAUUAGAACGAAAUGGCUCUACUUAAUGGAAGUCAAUAACAACUAUAUAUAGGUGCUAAGAUGUUACUAAAUUAUAAACAAAUAAAACAAAGUUAUAAAAUUUUUCAUUUGUCAUAA